AUGUCAUCUCUUUUCUUCCCCCUCUUCCUCUCCCCCCCCCGCCCCUCUUCUUCUCUCUCCCUCUGUCAUUUCCUUCUUUUCUCAUUUUCUCUCACCACCCCCCUCUCCCCCUUCCUCUCUCUCUCCGUCUUCCCACUCUCCUUCCCCCCAGUCUGUUCCCAGUUCUCUAAAGGUGUCUAUGCCAUCAUCGGUCUCUACGACAGGAAGACAGUCAACAUGUUGAUGUCGUUCUGCGGAGCGCUGCAUGUGUGUUUCGUCACGCCUUCCUUCCCCAUCGAGACGGCCAACCAGUUUGUGAUCCAGCUGAGACCCGAGCUACAGGACACUCUGGUGGGGGUUAUAGACCACUAUGGAUGGACCAAGUUCGUCUACAUGUACAGCUCAGAUUCUGGUGAGUAGAGGGGUCAAAGGUUAAAUGAUUUACAGUGCCUUGCAAAAGUAUUCGUCCCCCUUCGCGUUUUUCAUAUUUUGUUGCAUUACAACCUGUAAUUUAAAUGGAUUUUUAUUUGGAUUUCAUGUAAUGGACAUACACAAAAUAGUCAAAAUUGGUGAAGUUGUUUACAAAAAUUAUACAAAAUAAAUAACGGAAAAGUGGUGCGUGCAUGUGUAUUCACCCCCUUUGCUAUGAAGCCCCUAAAUAAGAUCUGGUGCAACCAAUUACCUUCAGAAGUCACAUCAUUCGUUAAAUAAAGUCCACCUGUUUGCAAUCUAAGUGUCACAUGAUCUGUCACAUGAUCUCAGUAUAUAUACACAUGUUCUGAAAGGCCCCAGAGUCUGCAACACUACUAAGCAAGGGGCACCACCUAAGCAAGCGGCACCAUGAAGACCAAGGAGCUCUCCAAACAGGUCAGGGACAAAGUUGUGGAGAUGUACAGAUCAGGGUUGGGUUAUAAAAAAAUAUCCGAAACUUUGAACAUCCCACGGAGCACCAUUAAAUCCAUUAUUAAAAAAUGGAAAGAAUAUGGCACCACAACAAACCUGCCAAAAGAGGGCCGCCCACCAAAACUCACGGACCAGGCAAGGAGGGCAUUAAUCAGAGAGGCAACAAAGAGACCCCCUAAAAAAAAGUAAAACAAAUAAAGAGACCAAAGAUAACCCUGAAGGAGCUGCAAAGCUCAACAGCGGAGAUUGGAGUAUCUGUCCAUAGGACCACUUUAAGCCGUACACUCCACAGAGCUGGGCUUCACGAGUGGCCAGAAAAAAGCCAUUGCUUUCAGAAAAAAAUAAGCAAACACGUUUGGUGUUUGCCAAAAGGCAUGUGGGAGACUCCCCAAACAUAUGGAAGAAGGUACUCUAGUCAGAUGAGACUACAAUUGAGCUUUUUGGCCAUCAAGGAAAACGCUAUGUCUGGCGCAAACCCAACACCUCUCAUCACCCCGAGAACACCAUCCCCACAGUGAAGCAUGGUGAUGGCAGCAUCAUGCUGUGGGGAUGUAUUUCAUCGGCAGGGACUGGGAAACUGGUCAGAAUUGAAGGAAUGAUGGAUGGCGCUAAAUACAGGGAAAUUCUUAAGGGAAACCUGUUUCAGUUUUCCAGAGAUUUGAGACUGGGACGGAGGUUCACCUUCCAGCAGGACAAUGACCCUAAGCAUACUGCUAAAGCAACACUCGAGUGGUUUAAGGGGAAACAUUUAAAUGUCUUGGAAUGGCCUAGUCAAAGCCCAGACCUCAAUAGUUAUGCAUGCUCAAGUUUUCUGUUUUCUUGUUUGUUUGACAAUAAAACAUAUUUUACAUCUUCAAAGUGGUAGGCAUGUUGUUAAAAUCAAAUGAUACAAAACCCCCAAGAUCCAUUUUAAUUCCAGGUUGUAAGGCAACAAAAUAAAAAAACUUUAGCAAGCCACUGUAUUCACUGAAUAGUGUCUGCAUGUGAAUAUCAACAUCACAAUGAUAAGACAUCACGGAACAUGUGCCAUUUAGCCAUACGUGCAUCAUUAUUUUUUAAAUGUAUGAUGGUCCCUGGAAUCGAACCAACUAUCCUGGCGUUGCAAGCACCAUGCUCUACCAACUGAGCUAUAGAAGACCACAACAUUACCAUGCAUUACUACCACUGGCUGGUUUGUCAAGGUUGUCAAGGAGACCAAGUGAUACAGUAGUGAAACAGAGUGAUAUUCAGUUUACUAUCCAGGUUAAUAGACGGGGGAGUUGCUGGAGGUUUGGUGGGAUCGCUGGGUCACAGGGUAUGACGUUCCAGGUAUGUGUCAGGAAUAGCUUUAGAGUGUGCACGCGCACACACAAACACACACACAUAAUACACACUUCCUGCACACACACACACCUCUCGCAGGUCCUGUCUUGUGCAAGACAUCAGUCGUCAUACCAACCACAGUUUGUCAUUCACUGAUUGCCAUGGUGACAGUGGAAGGGUAAGGAAUAGCCGUUGUGUCCUUUCACAAUGAAAAGCCUUUUCAGCCACGGCUCUGGGCAGCACCUGCACAUGGACAGUCAACACAAACACAGACACACAGACAUAAUGAUAUAUAUCACACAAAGAGGAGGAGAGAGUUGAAUACACACUGCUUUUGUCAGGGUAUUUGAAAAGCAUACUGUAUGGCAAGAGCAAAGCGAACACAUGUUUAAUCUGCUUCAUUUUCUGUCGGUGCAAAAAACCCCAGAGAAAGAAUGACGCACCUGUCCACACCAGGUGUGCUUUACCUCUGUCCCUACCUCAUCUCCUCCCCCUCUCCACCCUCCCAGUCUCUCACUUCCUCUCCCCUCCUCCCCUUCUCCCCUCCCAGUCCAUCCAUAGCCAAUCAGCUGUAGCCUACCCAUAAUGCCGUGCCAUCUGUCCCAGGUGUUGUGUGUUUCAGAGCAUAACUGUCAAGCUACACUAAACUCUCUGCAUACGCUGGCAGUGUGUGUGUGUGUAUGUGUGUGUGUGUGCUUGCGUGUUUGUGUAUUUGUGUGUGUGUAUGCGUUCUUGUUUGCGUGCAUGCAUGCAUGUCUCUUUGUGUGUGUUGUGACUGCUGAGUGAUGUGACACUCUGAAAUAAAGCCAGUUUAAUGACCACUGUGAGACCUUGGUAAACUGUCACUCUGUCAGUCUGUCUGGACACACAACAGGAUUGUGACAGAGGAGAUUUCACACAGAGGAUUGGUCCUUGUGAUGUAUAGUAUCCGUGAUAGCUAGAGCGCCACGCAUGUCCCAGUGAUGUUUUUAUCUCCCAUGAUCCCUUUAUCGGCCAGUGAGGGACUGCGGAGCCAUUAACCCUGAUGUUUGUGUGUUGGUGUGUGUGUGUGUGUGUGGGUGUGUGUGCGUGCGUGCAUGCGUGUUUGUGUGUGUGUGUGUGUGUGCGUGCAUGUGUGCGUGUGUAAUUGAGUGGUGGGAUGGAGAGUUCUGGAAUCCAUAUCAUCAUCCAUAUUGCCUCCUGUUGCCUGGAUACUAUUCUCCAGCUGCCUGUCCAAAAUGUUAUUUUAAGCCUGUAAGAAAAAUCGCUGUUUGUUCGGUUAUAGUGUGUGUGUGUGUGCUUGCGUGUAUGCGUGCAUGUGUGUGUGGUUUUGGUGUGUGUGUGUGUGUGUGUGUGGCUGCGUGUCUUCAGGCCAUUGUAGAUGGCACUUUGUUCCCUAUCACAAGGCUAAAUAGAGGUAUGCAGACAGGCACCUUUGUCAGUGUAGAUUAUAGCAGUCUGUGUUUAGUCCCCAGGGGGGCUCUCUCUUUGGUAUACUGAUCCGAGAUUCUCCGUCCAUUGCUAUGCAGGGCUGAAUGUGGAUUAAAGUUGAAUGCCUGGGAGAGAGAUUAAAGUACCCAUACAUGUAUGCAGGUGUUUGUGUGUGUGUGUGUGUGUGUGUGUGUGUGUGUGUGUAUUGUUGCACACAUUUCAGCACCUUGAAAUUCCAAAAAAGCAUCUUUGUUUAUUUUGAGCUCAUCCUUCUUCAUAUUACCAUCUUUCAACACAGCCCAAAAAGCUUUUAUGGCCUAACACAUUUAGAACUUCUCCUUAUAAAUAUUACUUUUUUAAGUGCUUUAACUGGAGAGAUGGUAUGUGUCCCAAAUGGCACCCUAUUUCCUAAAGUAGUGCACAAUAAAGGGAAUCGGGUGCCAUUUGGGACGCACAGAGGGAACGUAGAGAUAAAUCGCUGUGAGUGUUGCCAUUUUUUUUUUGCAGUUGCAGGGAUUUUAAUCUACUUUCUCCCCAGAUAACAUCUAUGUAGAUGUGCUGUUGAGCAACAGACGUUAACUAAAGUGUGUCUCUUUUUAUUUUCAGAAGCCUGGAAAUGGGUAAAAUAAAUUUGAACGUCCAUUAAAACCCUCAUAAACAAUAUUCACAAAAUUGCCUUUUUUCUGUGAAUAAUAAAAAAAAGUUGUAUUUCUUUUUCUCGCUCUCUCUCUCUCUCUCUCUCUCUCUCUCUCUCUCUCUCUCUCUCUCUCUCUCUCUCUCUCUCUCUCUCUUCUCUCUCCUCUCUCUCUCUCUCUCCUCUCUCUCUCUCUCUCUCCUCUCUCUCUCUCUCUCCCCUCCCACGUGUCGGUGCCUCCAUGUGUUAGUCCAGUUAGUUCUGAUGAGGGCCAGAUUCCAUUAUUAGUUCUUAUGAGGGCCAGAUUCCAUUAUUUACAUUUACAUUUUAGUCAUUUAGCAGACGCUCUUAUCCAGAGCGACUUACAGGAGCAAUUAGGGUUAAGUGCCUUGCUCAAGGGCACAUUAACGUCAUUUAGCAGACGCUCUUAGCCAGAGCGACUCGCAAAUUGGUGCGUUCACCCUAUAGCCAGUGGGAUAACCACUUUACAACAUUAUGAUGUUCUCUUCAUGGUGUGCAGACACAGAUUUGUGUGGCCGCAUCAACCUCCUUGUUCUAUUUCAGGGAGUAAGGGGCAAAAAGGUUUUAUUUAUACUAGAAUAAUGGUGUGUUCUUGUUGAAAAGGGGUGCAGACAGUGCAGACAGUGCAGACUGUGUGAUUGAGCUGAAGGGAGCUGACCAUGGUCCUGAAAUCACACCAUGACAACAGAGAAGUUGACCAUGGUCCUGAAACUAGACCUUGAAACAGAGGAGUUGACCAUGGUCCUGAAAGCACACCAUGACAACAGAGGAGUUGACCAUGGUCCUAAAACUAGAUCUUGAAACAGAGGAGUUGACCAUGUUCCUGAAAUCACACCAUGACAACAGAGGAGUUGACCAUGGUCCUGAAACUAGACCUUGAAACAGAGGAGUUGACCAUGGUCCUGAAACUAGACCUUGAAACAGAGGAGUUGACCAUGGUCCUGAAACUAGACCUUGAAACAGAGGAGUUGACCAUGGUCCUGAAAAUAGAUCUUGAAACAGAGGAGUUGACUAUGGUCCUGAAACUAGACCUUGAAACAGAGGAGUUGACCAUGGUCCUGAAACUAGACCUUGAAACAGAGGAGUUGACCAUGGUCCUGAAACUAGACCAUGAAACAGAGGAGUUGACCAUGGUCCUGAAACUAGACCAUGAAACAGAGGAGUUGACCAUGGUCCUGAAACUAGACCUUGAAACAGAGGAGUUGACCAUGGUCCUGAAACUAGACCUUGAAACAGAGGAGUUGACCAUGGUCCUGAAACUAGACCAUGAAACAGAGGAGUUGACUAUGGUCCUGAAACUAGACCUUGAAACAGAGGAGUUGACCAUGGUCCUGAAACUAGACCUUGAAACAGAGGAGUUGACCAUGGUCCUGAAACUAGACCUUGAAACAGAGGAGUUGACCAUGGUCCUGAAACUAGACCAUGAAACAGAGGAGUUGACUAUGGUCCUGAAACUAGACCUUGAAACAGAGGAGUUGACCAUGGUCCUGAAACUAGACCUUGAAACAGAGGAGUUGACCAUGGUCCUGAAAAUAGAUCUUGAAACAGAGGAGUUGACCAUGGUCCUGAAACUAGACCUUGAAACAGAGGAGUUUGACCAUGGUCCUGAAACUAGACCAUGAAACAGAGGAGUUGACUAUGGUCCUGAAACUAGACCUUGAAACAGAGGAGUUGACCAUGGUCCUGAAACUAGACCUUGAAACAGAGGAGUUGACCAUGGUCCUGAAAAUAGAUCUUGAAACAGAGGAGUUGACCAUGGGCCUGAAACUAGACCUUGAAACAGAGGAGUUGACCAUGGUCCUGAAACUAGACCUUGAAACAGAGGAGUUGACCAUGGUCCUGAAACUAGACCAUGAAACAGAGGAGUUGACUAUGGUCCUGAAACUAGACCUUGAAACAGAGGAGUUGACCAUGGUCCUGAAACUAGACCUUGAAACAGAGGAGUUGACCAUGGUCCUGAAAAUAGAUCUUGAAACAGAGGAGUUGACCAUGGUCCUGAAACUAGACCUUGAAACAGAGGAGUUGACCAUGGUCCUGAAACUAGACCAUGAAACAGAGGAGUUGACUAUGGUCCUGAAACUAGACCUUGAAACAGAGGUGUUGACCAUGGUCCUGAAAGCAGACGCUCCGUCUAUGGAGUUCUCUGCUGUCCAUAUCAGUCAAUGGUUUAAUGUGACUGACUGCUGAGUUUGAAACCAGGUCUUCUGAACACCACAUGACUGUAUUAGCCCACUGAACUAAAGCUAUGUCCUAUUUCUCAAAUGAUUGAUGUGAUUUCACACGUUGUAUUCAUCAGGUGUCACCAACCCCUUUAACUACUUCUAAACCUCUCCUCUAAACCGUCCAACGGAGCCAGGCAUCUAUCACCUUUCACCAUAACUCUGACUAGUUAGACACACACCAACAACCCUGCUGCAAAUAUGGCAUGUGAAAUAUGUAAAGAGGGUCAUAUGCCAUUUCAGAUUAUUCUCUAUAGUGCAGUUGUGACUGGCUGUGCGGAAUACAGCUUCAUGUUGUAGCUUAGCUUAUAAUGUGAUUGGUGUAAUUCAGUAUUUGGUUCAGUAAUGGCCGCCACUCUGCCUCUUGUAAAAGCUUUGUUUACCUUCUGGAACAACUGUCUGUCCCCUCCUAGGAGGAUUCUGAUUGGUCUAAUAUGAUACUGUGUGUGUGUGUGUGCCUCCGACACUGUAAAUCUGCAGCCAUGAUCGAUGCGUUCCCUAAUGGCCUCUUAUUUCCUGUCCCUGUUUGGAGCCGCGAGCCCAUUGGCUCCCUGGCCUGUUCCCCUAUGAUGCUUUAGUGCAUUAGUAGCCUAUGGGGACAGCUUAAUGGAGUGGCCUGGAUUUAAUUGGUGCCUCUGAGGGACUGUCUGUGUGUGUCCGUGUGUCUGGGUGUGUGUCUGGGUGUGUGUCUGCGUGUGUGUCUGUGUGUGUGUGCAGGGCCAGCCCUAGCCUUUUGGGGGCCCUUAGUGAGACUUGGUUGGGGUUCUCUCCACUUCGCGGCAAAACAUUUUAGUGGCCCCCCUCUUGACGGCGGAGGGAAAAAUGUACAUCUAUCCAUUUUGUCUUGGGGUGGAGAUUUUCUUUUGCCGUUUUAAAGAUAAUUUUCUGCAAUUCUACACAUUUUGCCAUGCCUUAUGCCAUGUUAGUAUGAUAUCGUGGUCCUCUGUAGCUCAGCUGGUAGAGCACGGCGCUUGUAACGCCAAGGUAGUGGGUUCGAUCCCCGGGACCACCCAUACACAAAAAUGUAUGCACGCAUGACUGUAAGUCACUUUGGAUAAAAGCGUCUGCUAAAUGGCAUAUUAUUAUUAUUAUUAUUAUUAUAUCUGAGUGAGAGUGACUAACAAAAUCAAUGUGGGUACCCUGGAGAUCAGAGCCUCUGGGCAUGUGUCCUGCGUUGCCGGUCAGUAUUCGGUCAUGAUUACUACAAGUUUAGAUAGCUGGUUAGACAAACGUCCAUGUUAGUUGAAAUGGGCUAAUUGAGUGACUGUCAGUGACUGACAUAACAAGAGAAAAACUGCUGAUGCACAUCCAACUUUCGAAAAUCGUACCUGGUGUAUUCUACAAUUUCUACUCUAAAUAGUAAGUUGAGACCUCGACUAAGUUCCUAAAAAAAUAAAUAUAUUUAAAAAAUGGUCGGGGGCCCCCUAAGCAGCUGCUUAUUGUGCACUACUUUAGGAAAUAGGGUGCCAUUUGGGACACAUACCAUCUCUCCAGUUAAAGCACUUAAAAAAGUAAUAUUUAUAAGGAGAAGUUCUAAAUGUGUUAGGCCAUAAAAGCUUUUUGGGCUGUGUUGAAAGAUGGUAAUAUGAAGAAGGAUGAGCUCAAAAUAAACAAAGAUGCUUUUUUGGAAUUUCAAGGUGCAUGUGCAUGUGCAUGUGCGUGUGUCUGUGUGUGUGUGUGUGUGUGUGUGUGUGUGUGUGUGUGUGUGUGUGUGUGUGUGUGUGUGUGUGUGUGUGGAGUGAUUAUUCAGAGUAACACCAAGUGCUGUAACAACAUACCUGUACAUGGCAUCCCAGUCGUCAUAAUGAACUAUGCCUCUGGAGCCAGUAAUCAUAUAUCACAUUCCUGUGCUGUCAGGGAAAGUCGUAUGAUGGAUAGGCCUAUGUUAGCAUGAGAGCUAUAUUAUUGAUGGAUAGGCCUAUGUUAGCAUGAGAGCUAUAUUAUUGAUGGAUAGGCCUAUGUUAGCAUGAGAGCUAUAUUAUUGAUUACUGGGCAAAAACACAGACAGCUUAUCGGGCUUAGUGGGCAAGAUGCUUCUUGGGCUUAAUGGGCAAGAUGCUUCUUGGGCUUAGUGGGAAAGAUGCUUCUUGGGCUUAGUGGGAAAGAUGCUUCUUGGGCUUAGUGGGAAAGAUGCUUCUUGGGCUUAUUGGGAAAGAUGCUUCUUGGGCUUAGUGGGAAAGAUGCUUCUUGGGCUUAGUGGGAAAGACACUUAUUGGGCUUAGUGGGAAAGAUGCUUCUUGGGCUUAGUGGGAAAGAUGCUUCUUGGGCUUAGUGGGAAAGACACUUCUUGGGCUUAGUAGGAAAGAUGCUUCUUGGGCUUAGUGGGAAAGAUGCUUCUUGGGCUUAUUGGGAAAGAUGCUUCUUGGGCUUAGUGGGAAAGACACUUCUUGGGCUUAGUGGGCAAGAUGCUUCUUGGGCUUAGUGGGAAAGACACUUCUUGGGCUUAGUGGGAAAGAUGCUUCUUGGGCUUAGUGGGAAAGAUGCUUCUUGGACUUAGUGGGAAAGACACUUCUUGGGCUUAGUAGGAAAGAUGCUUCUUGGGCUUAGUGGGAAAGAUGCUUCUUGGGCUUAUUGGGAAAGAUGCUUCUUGGGCUUAGUGGGAAAGACACUUCUUGGGCUUAGUGGGCAAGAUGCUUCUUGGGCUUAGUGGGCAAGAUGCUUCUUGGGCUUAUUGGGCAAGAUGAUUGUAUUCUAAGAGAUGUCAGUUUAUACAGUGUAAAUGAUGUCAUACGGUACAUCCAAAAUGGCACCCUAUAAACUAUAUAGUGCAAUACUUUUGACCAGGGCACCAUGAAAUAGGAUGCCUUUUGGAACACAGCCAUAGUUCACCUAUAACCCCUGACCUUUGCCCCUGACCUGUAGGCCUGUCAGUGCUGCAAAAGGUCCUGGACACGGCUGCUGAGAGGAGCUGGCUGGUGACGUCUGUCAACGUGGAGACCAUGACGGAGGCCUCGUUCCUCAAGGUGUUCCAAGACCUGGACAAGAGGAAGGAGGGACAGAUCAUCAUCGACUGUGAGACCGGAAGACUCACCUCCAUCCUCAAAAAGGUAACAAGAUAGAGAGACUCACCUCCAUCCUCAAAUAGGUAACAAGAUAGAGAGACUCACCUCCAUCCUCAAAUAGGUAACAAGACUGUGACAUUGCUAGAGUCAUCUCCAUCGCUAGUAGUGGGCCAGGAAUGGCAAAAAUGACAAGCAGUGGUCCAUGAUUUGGCUGCCAUAUAUAAGCCAGAACUUUGUCAGACCUGGAUCGGCCAGAACUGGGCCACUUAAAAAUGCCGGUCAGAUUCAAAAAGUAGGCCUGAUUUGGGCCAUUUUACUUAUUCUUUCUGUGAAUUAAUUGAAUCUAGACAUUUGAGAAAACAUCGCUACGUUGCACGUGAGACAUGAUUAACAUGAAUUCUCAGUGAAAUAAACACCACAUAGCCAGCAAAAGAUGGGACAGAGAAAGAGAGAGUAAUAAAAAGAGAGAGAAGUGAAGGGAAGAGAGGCAGGUUGAGUUUAUUGAAUCUUGCCCUGGAGGCAGAACGGAGCGAUUUCCACUAGAUAGGCCAGCUGCAAAGUCAAUAUUGGCUUUAUGUGACCGACCACCUCGGUUGAGGAACAAUGGGAAAGUAAUUCUGCUUUGAAAGUUGAUAAACUUGUAACCCCAAUUUUGAGGAAAUGGCCCUUGAAUGUUUUGGUACACCUACUGGAGAGCUCUUCUUUGUCUACACCCAUUCAGCAUCGUUCACACCCUCUUAAGCCUUAGCACCACCCAUCUCUUUAAGGAUUCACAUCUGAGGCCAUGUGCUAAACAGAGUGAGUAAGGUAGUAUAGUAAACAACCAAAGAUUUCAAGACAAAGUGUUGAAACUAGUAGGAAAAACUCCAGGUAAAAAUACAUUUGAUCUAGUGCCUUCGGAAAGUAUUCAGACCCCUUUGCUUUUUCCAUAUUUUGUUACGUUGCCGCCUUAUUCUAAAAUGGAUUAAAUCGUUUUUUUCUCCACAUCAAUCUACAUACAAUACCCCAUAAUGACAAAGCAAAAACAGGUUUUUAGAAAGUUUUGCAAAUGUAUCAAAAAUAAAAAACGGAAAUACCACAUUUACAUAUGUAUUCAGAUCCAUUUACAUUUACAUUUACAUUUACAAUACAUUUACAUUUACAUUUAUAUUUAUAUUUACAUUUACAUUCACAUUUACAUUACCACUGAAAACACUGCUACUCCUACUGCUCUGUCCUCGUCUGACCAUGUGUUCUCGCAUACCCCGAGAGCAUCUGGUCAGCGGGGUGGUGGCACAGGAAUCCUCAUCUCUCCCAAGUGGACAUUCUCUCUUUCUCCCUUGACCCAUCUGUCUAUCUCCUCAUUUGAAUUCCAUGCUGUCACAGUCACUAGCCCAUUCAAGCUUAACAUCCUUAUCAUUUAUCGCCCUCCAGGUUCCCUUGGAGAGUUCAUCAAUGAGCUUGACGCCUUGAUAAGUUCCUUUCCUGAGGAUGGCUCACCCCUCACAGUUCUGGGUGACUUUAACCUCCCUACGUCUACCUUUGACUCAUUUCUCUCUGCCUCCUUCUUUCCACUCCUCUCCUCUUUUGACCUCACAUUCUCACCUUCCCCCCCUACUCACAAGGCAGGCAAUACGCUUGACCUCAUCUUUACUAGAUGCUGUUCUUCUACUAAUCUCACUGCAACUCCCCUCCAAGUCUCCGACCACUGCUUUGUAUCCUUUUCUCUCUCGCUCUCCUCCAACACUACUCAGUCUGCCCCUACUCAGAUGGUAAUGCGCCGUAGCAACCUUCGCUCUCUCUCUCCCGCUACUCUCUCCUCUUCCAUCCUAUCAUCUCUUCCCUCUGCUCCAUCCUUCUCCCUCCAAUCUCCUGAUUCUGCCUCCUCAACCCUCCUCUCAUCCCUUUCUGCAUCCUUUGACUCUCUAUGUCCCCAUGCCUCCCGGCCGGCUCGGUCCUCCCCUCCUGCUCCGUGGCUUGACGACUCAUUGCGAGCUCACAGAACAGGGCUCCGGGUGGCCGAGCGGAAAUGGAGGAAUACUAGACUCCCUGCGGACCUGGCAUCUUUUCACUCCCUCCUCUCUACAUUUUCUUCCUCUGUUUCUGCUGCUAAAGCCACUUUCUACCACUCUAAGUUCCAAGCAUCUGCCUCUAACCCUAGGAAGCUCUUUGCCACCUUCUCCUCCCUGCUGAAUCCUCCUCCCCCUUCCCCCCCCCUCCUCCCUCUCUGUGGAUGACUUCGUCAACCAUUUUGAAAAGAAGGUUGACGAAAUCCGAUCCUCGUUUGUUAAGUCAAAUUACACCGCUGGUCCUGCUCACAUUGCCCUACCCUAUGCUUUGACUUCUUUCUCCCCUCUCUCUCCAGAUGAAAUCUUGCGACUUGUGACGGCCGGCCGCCCAACAACCUGCCCGCUUGACCCUAUCCCCUCCUCUCUUCUCCAGACCAUUUCCGGAGACCUUCUCCCUUACCUCACCUCGCUCAUCAACUCAUCCUUGACCGCUGGCUGUCCCUUCUGUCUUCAAGAGAGCGAGAGUUGCACCCCUUCUCAAAAAACCUACACUCGAUCCCUCCGAUGUCAGCAACUACAGACCAGUAUCCCUUCUUUCUUUUCUCUCCAAAACUCUUGAGCGUGCCGUCUUUAGCCAACUCUCUUGCUAUCUCUCUCAGAAUGACCUUCUUGAUCCAAACCAGUCAGGUUUCAAGACUGGUCAUUCAACUGAGACUGCUCUUCUCUGUGUCACGGAGGCUCUCCGCACUGCUAAAGGUAACUCUCUCUCCUCUGCUCUCGUCCUUCUAGACCUAUCUGCUGCCUUUGAUACUGUGAACCAUCAGAUCCUCCUCUCCACCCUCUCCGAGUUGGGCAUCUCCGGCGCGGCUCACUCUUGGAUUGCGUCCUACCUGACAGGUCGCUCCUAACAGGUGGCGUGGCGAGAAUCUGUCUCCGCACCACGUGCUCUCACCACUGGUGUCCCCCAGGGCUCAGUUCUAGGCCCUCUCCUAUUCUCGCUAUACACCAAGUCACUUGGCUCUGUCAUAUCCUCACAUGGCCUCUCCUAUCAUUGCUACGCAGACGACACACAACUAAUCUUCUCCUUUCCCCCUUCUGAUAACCAGGUGGCGAAUCGCAUCUCUGCAUGUCUGGCAGACAUAUCAGUGUGGAUAACGGAUCACCACCUCAAGCUGAACCUCGGCAAGACGGAGCUGCUCUUCCUCCCGGGGAAGGACUGCCCGUUCCAUGAUCUCGCCAUCACGAUUGACAACUCCGUUGUGUCCUCCUCCCAGAGUGCAAAGAACCUUGGCGUGACCCUGGACAACACCUUGUCGUUCUCCGCUAACAUCAAGGCGGUGACCCGAUCCUGUAGGUUCAUGCUCUACAACAUUCGGAGAGUACGACCCUGCCUUACACAGGAAGCGGCACAGGUCCUUAUCCAGGCACUUGUCAUCUCCCGUCUGGAUUACUGCAACUCGCUGUUGGCUGGGCUCCCUGCCUGUGCCAUUAAACCCCUGCAACUCAUCCAGAAUGCCGCAGCCCGUCUGGUGUUCAACCUUCCCAAGUUCUCUCACGUCACCCCGCUCCUCCGCACACUCCACUGGCUUCUAGUUGAAGCUCGCAUCUGCUACAAGACCAUGGUGCUUGCCUACGGAGCUGUGAGGGGAACGGCACCUCCGUACCUUCAGGCUCUGAUCAGUUCCUACACCCAAACGAGGGCAUUGCGUUCAUCCACCUCUGGCCUGCUGGCCCCCCUACCUCUGCGGAAGCACAGUUCCCGCUCAGCCCAGUCAAAACUGUUCGCUGCUCUGGCAACCCAAUGGUGGAACAAGCUCCCUCACGACGCCAGGACAGCGGAUUCACUCACCACCUUCCGGAGACACUUGAAACCCCACCUUUUUAAGGAAUUCCUGGGAUAGGAUAAAGUAAUCCUUCUACCCCCCCUUAACCCCCCCCCCAAAAAAAAAAAAAAAAUUAUAUAUAUAUAUAUAUAUAUAUAUUGUAAAGUGGUUAUCCCACUGGCUAUAAGGUGAAUGCACCAAUUUGUAAGUCGCUCUGGAUAAGAGCGUCUGCUAAAUGACGUAAAUGUAAAUGUAUUCAGAACCUUUACUCAGUACUUUGUUGAAGCACCUUUGGCAGCAAUUACAGCCUCACGUCUUCUUGGGUAUGACGGUACAAGCUUGGCACACCUGUAUUUAAGGGAGUUUCUCCCAUUCUUCUCUGCAGAUCCUCUCAAGCUCUGUCAGGUUGGAUGGGGAGCGUUGCUGCACAGCUAUUUUCAGGUCUCUCCAGAGAUGUUUGAUCGGGUUCAAGUCUGGGCUCUGGCUGGGCCACUCAAGGACAUUCAGAGACUUGUCCCGGAGCCACACCUGUAUUUUCUUGGCUGUUUGCUUAGGGUCGUUGUCCUGUUGGAAGGUGAACCUUCGCCCCAGUGUGAGGUCCUGAGCGCUCUGGAGCAGGUUUUCAUCAAGGAUCUCUCUCUACUUUGCUCCGUUCAUCUUUCCUUCGAUCCUGACUAGUCUCCCAUUCCCUGCUGCAUAAAAACAACCCCACAGCAGGUUUCCUCCAGACGUGACGCUUGGCAUUCAGGCCAAAGAGUUCGAUCUCGGUUUCAUCAGACCAGAGAAUCUUGUUUCUCAUGGUCUGAGAGUCUUUGGAUGCCUUUUGCAAACUCAAAGCGGGCUGUCGUGUGCCUUUUACUGAGGAGUGUCUUCCGUCUGGCCACUCUAUAAUAAAGGCCUGAUUGGUGGAGUGCUGCAGAGAUGGUUGUUUUUCUGGAAGGUUCUCCCAUCUCCACAGAGGAACUCUGGAGCUUGGUCAGAGUGACCAUCGGGUUCUUGGUCACCUCCCUGACCAAGGCCAUUCUCCCCCGAUUGCUCAGUUUGGCCGGGCGGCCAGCUCUAGGAAGAGUCUUGGUGGUUCCAAACUUCUUCCAUUUAAGAAUGAUAGAGGCCACUUCUUGGGGACCUUCAAUGCUGCAGACAUCUUUUGGUACCCUUCCCCAGAUCUGUACCUCGACACAAUCCUGUCUCGGAGCUCUACGGAAAAUUACUUCGACCUCAUGGCUUGGUUGUUGCUCUGACAUGCACUGUCAACUGUGGGACCUUAUAUAGACAGGUGUGUGCCUUUCCAAAUCGUGUCCAAUCAAUUGAAUUUACCACAGGUGGACUCCAAUGAAGUUGUAGAAACAUCUCAAGGAUGAUCGAUAGAAACAGGAUGCACCUGAGUUCAAUUUCCAGUCUCAUAGCAAAGGGUCUGAAUUGUUAUGUAAAUAAGCUAUUUAUUUUUCCCUUUUUUAUACAUUUGGAAAAAUUUCUAAAAACCUGUUUUCACUUUGUCAUUAUGGGGCAUUGUGUGUAGAUGGAUGAGAAAAAUAUAGAUUUGAUCCAUUUUAGAAUAAGGCGGUAAUGUAACAAAAUGUGGCAAAAGUCAAGGGGUCUGAAUACUUUCCGAAUGUACUGUAUAUCCUAAUCUGACUUUGGUGCAGGUCAUGUUGUUCUUCACGUUUCAUUUGUCACAUGCACAGGAUACAGAAGGUGUAAACGGUACAGUGAAAUGGUUACUUGCAUAUUUGGAAAGUAGCAAUAUCAAAAAUAGAAAGUGUCCAGAUAAAAAUAUUUUAUAAAUAGUUUAUAAUUAUUAGAUGAUGCUUACCCAGACACACUUGUCUAAAUUGAUGGGUCAUGUGAAAUAAAUGCUAUAACCACCCCUCAGCCACAUCUAGCUAAGUGGAUGUGUCACUAUUGUCUAGACAUGUACACAUGUUUAUGAAAUACAAUAAAUGGCCGUAAUCACCCCCAGACACACCUGGCUAACUUGAUGGGUCAUAUAAUCAUCUGGUGAAGUGGAGUCAUUUGUUUAGACAUGUAGCUAGCAAGCUAGCUAGCUAGCUAAACAAUGAACCAUAAACCCUACCCAUAGCUACAGUACAAAUUAAUUGUCAUAGCUAGCCACCAUGCAUGAAAUGCUGUAGUAUGAAUCUGCAGGUAUCUAAAGCUAACCAACUAGGUUCAAUGUUAGCUAGCUAUGCAAUGCAAAUAGCUUCCUGAGAUACGAAUAAUGUUAAUACACAGAUCAUACACGUAACGUUAGCUAAAGUGUCACGCCCUGGCCUUGAGAGCCCGGUUUUCUUUAGUUGGUUUGGUCAGGGUGAAUUUCUAUGUGUAUGAUCUAGAUAUUGUAGAUCUAUGUUGGCCAGGUGUGGUUCCAAUCAGAGGCAGCUGUCGAUCGUUGUCUCUGAUUGGGGAUCAUACUUAGGCAGCCAUGUUGCCUACCUAUGUUGUGAGAUCUUGUUUCUGUGUGUUUGGCUUGUUUGAUGUUAGCCUUUAGAACCUCACGUUACGUUGCUUUUGUUCGGUGUUAAUUCAAUAAACGAACAUAUACGCAUACCACGCUGCACCUUGGUCCAAUCCUGUACUCAACGAACGUGACAUAAAGAGCCAGCAAGCUAAAGUUCGCUAGCUAGCUAAUGGUACUCUUUAACCUGCAAUGAAAACGACUUUGACAAAAUUUGAAACGUAUAAUAUCUGAAAAUGUAGGUAGGGACUUACCCGUAUACAUGGAUGAAGGCUUCACGGCAGCGUGUCUUUUCCGUUUGGUUUGUAGCUAUCUACAGCUUGUUUGGCCCGUUGUUGUGUCAAGUCUCUCUGGUUCACACUGACCAUGUGCAAAAAGUAGUCCAUCACAACUUUUUCCCACUGAUCUUUGUCGAUAGUGCCUGCUAAAUUCAGGGCAGCAAUUUUGUUGAGAGCAGUAGCAACGCUUUUGCAGUUCUCCAUGGCUAAUGUUAUAUAUUUCAAAAAAGCUGUGGUUGAAAGGAUUAUCAACACAUACUGAGCAGCUCACGUUAUAGACAGAAGCAUGCUACGUGUCAGACCAAUCCGAACUCAUCUCUAGGCAUGUCCAGCCCAUCCAUUAUCUCAGCCAAUCAUGGCUAGCGGGAAGGUUCCUGUCUUUUUCCGUGGUUAAACCAACUAGGAUUGUAAUAUAAUUUUUUUAAUCCGUAUUUACAAAUGGCAUACAAGUUUGUUAUUAAGGCAUUAAGGCACAUGAAAGUUCACAUGUUCCAGAAGGCAUUUCCAGAAGGCAAACCUAUAUAUACACUACCAGUCAAAAGUUUGGACACAUCUACAGACCACAGACCACUGCGCCACUCACAAGUGCCGCUAGAGAUCCUGGUUCGAGUCCAGGCUCUGUCGCAGCCGGCCGCAACCGGGAGACCCAUGGGCGGCGCACAAUUGGUCCAGCGUCGUCCAAGGUAGGGGAGGGUUUGGCCGGCAGGGAUGUGGGUUCGUUUCCCACGGGGGGCAAGUAUGAAAAAAACAAACAAACAAACAAAAAAAACAUGUAUGCAUUCACUAACUGUAAGUCGCUCUGGAUAAGAGCGUCUGCUAAAUGACUAAAAUGUAAAAAUGUAAAAUGUACUAAUUCAAGGGUUUUUCUUAAUUUUUACAAUUUUUUACAUUGUAGAAUAAUAGUGAAGACAUCAAAACUAUGGAAUAACACAUAUGGAAUCGUGUAGUAACCAAAAAAGUGUUAAACAAAUCAACAUUUAUUUUAUAUUUGAGAUUCUUCAAAUAGCCGCCCUUUGCCUUGAUGACAGCUUUGCAUACUCUUGGCAUUCUCUCAACCAGCAGUGUGGUUAAGGUUAAGGUUAGUGUUAGGUUAGGGUUUCAAAGUUUAUGACUGUGGCUGUGCCAGAUAGUGACCACUUUGUAGAGCUCCCUACAGGGCAAGAUUCAUGACAAUAAAGGCCAAAUUGUGGAUAAGAGGAUCUUCCCAGGCAGCGGUCGUCCAGUGUAGUGUAAUAGUCUCAGUGUAUUAAAGACAGGAGAUAUAGGUACGGUUAGGUUGACAUUUGGAGCUGUAGAGAAACACUUAAUCACCACGCUACUGCUGCCUGAGAAGGGUGUAUCCUGGCAUAGCAAUUAAUGACACACACACACACACACACACACACACACACACACACACACAAACACACAAACGAACACACACACACACGAACACACACACUCCCCCACUCACUCCCCCACCCACUCCCCCACCACUCCCCCACCCACUCCCCCACCCCACUCCCCCACCCACUCCCCCACACUUAUACGUCCUUCCCCCUCACACACACACAUAAAAACAGAAAGAGCCGAGACCUCUCUCCCCUCUCUCUCCUCAGCUCUUGGAUCUAGCUGUGUGAGGGCAGUGUCUGGUGUGUGUGAGUGUUAUUGAUGACCUGGUGUCCACAGUUAAGGUUAUUACAUCACUUCUCACCAGUUUACAGCAGGGGAGCCAGAGCGGUUCUCAGCUCAGACAGACUACAUCCAUCACAGAGAUCUGUUUCCUGCUCUCUGCCUCUAUAGCAGCCUCUUUUACACACACACACACACACACACACACACACACACACACACACACACACACACUGCCUCGUCGCCCUCUAAACCCGCAGGUAUCUUCACCCCAUACACAGACUCAAAUUCUCACCAGAUAAUGUCAGAGGAUAUAUGAUGAAGACAUGUUUAAUUUUACUCUUGGAAUGCUAAUGUAGUCCCUUUAAAUAUGGAACAUGCAUAGCCACAACAAGAUCUUUGUUUCAUAAAGUUUUAUGUCAAGCAAGUGAGUACACAUACAAUAGAGUGGACACACAUUUGCUAACAUGACACACUACACAAGGGCCAUAGGGUCAAAUGUGGUGGACUAUAGGGAAAAGCAUUUGGGACGCACCCAAGGACUACAAAGAUUAGAGUGUUUAUCAUGAAAUCAGUUGGGGCCUCAUGGAAACUACACUAGCACACUGUCCUUGUGUCUUCCCUAGUGUGACUGUAUCUUGGCCAUCAUCUUCCCCCAGUGUCUUGGGUAUUAGCGUCUCUAGGCCACGUGCGUCAUGCCUAUCCUCUCCUGUGUUUUCCUUGCCGGAGGCUAUGCUGCAGGACAUGCCUUGUGCUAGGGUCACCCUUAAUAACUAAUGCAACUGUCUGCCAUGCCCUCCAGCCUGCUCCCAACACAAACACACACACACAUGGGGGAUAUGAACGUGUGGGAGACUCUCUCAGAGGAAGGAAAUAUAUUGGGAAUCUAUCUGUCAGUUACAGAACCCCACUCUAUCUGUCAGUUACAGAACCCCCACUCUAUCUGUUAGUUACAGAACCCCACUCUAUCUGUCAGUUACAGAACUCCAACUCUAUCUGUCAGUUACAGACCCCCCACUCUAUCUGUCAGUUACAGAAUCCCCACUCUAUCUGAUAGUUACAGAACCCCCACUCUAUCUGUCAAUUAGAAAACCCCACUUUAUCUGUCAGUUACAUAACCCCUACUCUAUCUGUCAGUUACAGAACCCCCACACUAUCUGUUAGUUACAGAACACCAACUCUAUCUGUUAGUUACAGAACCCCCACUCUAUCUGUCAGUUACAGAACCCCCACACUAUCUGUCAGUUACAGAACACAAACUCUAUCUGUCAGUUACAGAACCCCCACACUAUCUGUCAGUUACAGAACCCCCACUCUAUCUGUUAGUUACAUAACCCCCACUCUAUCUGUCAGUUACAGAACCCCAACUCUAUCUGUCAGUUACAGAACCCCACUCUAUCUCUCAGUUACAGAACCUCCACUCUAGCUGUCAGUUGCAGAACCCCCACUCUAUCUGUCAGUCACAGAAAGCCCACUCUAUAUGUCUAUAGCCUCAGAUGUAUCCCCUCUCCUCUACCAAUUUAUCUUCUCCUCUCUUCACGUAACAUCUCUUCCCCUUCCUCUCCUCUCCUCUCCUCUCCUCCUCUCCUCUCCUAUCCUCCCCUAUCCUCUCCUCUCCUCCCCUAUCCUCAUUUACUCUCCUCUCCUCUCCUCUCCUCUCCUCUCCUCCUCCUCUCCUCUCCUCUCCUCUCCUCUCCUCUCCUCUCCUCUCCUCUCCUCUCCUCCUCCUCUCCCUCUCCUCUCCUCCUCCUCUCCUCCUCCUCUCCUCUCCUCUCCUCUCCUCUCCUCCCAUAUCCUCCCUCCUCUCCUCUCCUCAUCCUCUCCUCUCUCCUCUCCUCUCUCUCUCCUCUCCUCUCCCUCUCGUUGCCUCUUCGCUCAUCCUCUGCCCUCCUCCUCCCUCUCCUCCUCGCUCUCACUCUUCCUCUCCUCUCCUUGCUCCUCCUCCCUCCUCUCCUCCUCUCCUCUCCUCAUCCUCUCCUCUCCUCUCCUCAUCCUCUCCUCUCCUCUCUCUCCCUCCCCUCCCCACCUCCUCUCCUCUCCUCUCCGCCUCUCCUCUCCUCUCCUCUCCUCUCCUCUCCCUCCUCCUCUCCUCAAUCCUCUCCUCGGUCUCAUUGUCUCCGCCUGCCUCCUCUCUCUCCGUGCUCCUCUCCUCUCCCCUCAGGUCCUCUCCUCCUCCGCCUCCCUCUCUCUCCAUUCCUCCGAGUUCCUCUCCUCG